CAAGGGCACAUACCUUGCUUGGUUGCUAGCAGGAUCCAGGCCCCCACCGGGGGCAUGUGUGGGAGGCUACCAAUGAUGUGUGUCUCUCACAUCCAUGUUUCUCUCUCUCUUUCUCUCUACCCCUCCUUUCCACUCUCUCUAAAAAUCAAUGGGAAAAUAUCCUCGGUGAGGGUUAACAAAAAGAAAAGAAAAGAAAACAGAUGAUGCUUCAGAUCAAACCCAAGGAAGUUUUUGAUUGAAAAUUCAGGGCAUUGGGAGUGUGUGGCAUGCAUCCUGCCCAUCAGGAAGCUCUGAAAAAGAACCGAGUGCUGCUGGCCAAACAGCUGUUGCUGAGUGAACUAUUAGAACAUCUCCUGGAACAAGAUAUCAUCACCUUCGAAAUGAGGGAGCACAUUCAGGCCAAAGUGGGCAGUUUCAGCCAGAAUGUGGAACUCCUCAGCUUGCUUCCCAAGAGGGGUCCCCAUGCUUUUGAUGCCUUCUGUGUGGCUCUGAGGGAAACCAAGCAGGGUCACCUGGAGGAUCUGUUACUCUCAACCCUCUCUGGUUUUGAGCAUGUACUCUCACCGGUAUGGAGCCCUAGACACGUGUUGAGCCGUGACCACAACUUGAGUCUGUCUUUCCCGGUGUGUGAGUCCUGUCCUCCUCACAAGCAGCUGCGCCUGUCUGCAGAUACUGUGGAACACUCUCUAGACAACAGAGAUGGCCCACCCUGCCUUCAGGUGAAGCCGUGUACUCCUGAGUUCUAUCGAACACACCACCAGCUGGCCUAUAGGUUGCAGUCUCGGCCGCGUGGCCUGGCACUGGUCCUGAGCAACGUGCACUUCACUGGAGAGCAGGACCUGGACUUCCGCUCCGGAGGGCAUGUGGACCACAGCAAUCUCGUCACCCUCUUCAAGCUCUUGGGCUAUGAUGUCCAUGUUCUCCUCGACCAGACUGCACAGGAAAUGCAAGAGAAACUCCAGAAUUUUGCCCAGUUGCCUGCUCACCGAGUCACUGACUCCUGCAUUGUGGCCCUCCUCUCUCACGGCGUGGAGGGCGGCGUCUAUGGUGUGGACGGCAAGGUGCUUCAGCUACAAGAGGUGUUUCGGCUCUUUGACAAUGCCAACUGCCCGAGCUUACAGAACAAGCCGAAAAUGUUCUUCAUCCAGGCCUGCCGUGGAGAUGAAACGGAUCGUGGGGUUGACCAGCAGGAUGGAAAGGGCCACUCCCUGUCCCCUGAGUGCGAGGACGGUGAUGCUGAUAGACAGGAAUUGCUGAAGAUGCGACUGCCCACUCGCUCGGACAUGAUAUGUGGCUAUGCCUGCCUCAGAGGGACUGCUGCCAUGCGUAACACCAAACGGGGCUCCUGGUAUAUCGAGGCCCUCACUCAAAUCUUCUCUGAGAGGGCUUGUGACAUGCACGUGGCCGACAUGCUUGUCAAAGUGAAUGGACUUAUCAAGGAGCGCGAAGGCUAUGCCCCUGGCACAGAGUUCCACCGGUGCAAGGAGAUGUCGGAGUACUGUAGCACCCUGUGCCGGCACCUCUAUCUGUUCCCUGGACACCCUCCCACGUGACGCCUCCGCCCGCCCCGGGGCCACAGGUGGUGUGCUGGAGCUUCUGCAGGAUCGCGGUUUCUGUCCUUCCCUCUCAGGGACUGGGAGUUUCAGGCUGGUUUCACAGCCUGCCAUCCUCGACCUUGAAUCCCGGCCCACAGGCUGGCUCCCCCUGGGUGAGGCUCUCUCCCUGGGCUGGUCCUGGCUGGACGGGUUGCCAGCAACGUUUGGCUGCCGUAGAGGAGCCUGGUGAAAGGUGUGUGAGCACUGGGGCCUUAUGGGGAGAGGCUUGCAGGUCUCCUCGACCUGUGUGCUCACUUCCUGCCCGGGCUUUUGUAGGUAGCAUUGUGGUCAUUGCUUUUGUUAGGUCAGUUAAGAUGUCUCGGAGGUCAUCUCCCAUCUUUCAUAUUCCAGCCCCAUUUGUCCCAGAGUGAGAGUCCUCAUUUAAUGUAGGCAGUUCCCACGUGGCUUUGGAAGGACAAUCGGCCAGAGACACACUCCGCUGCUGUGUGUGGAACAGCCUGUGCAUUCCUCCCGUGCAGCAAGGCCACCGCAGGAAGGACAGUGCCACCUGUGGCUCCUCUGGACUCAAGGAAUCCAAGCUUUCAGCAGAGGCUAGGGAUCGGAUGCUGUGUAUCUGGAACUCACCGAUCUUUAUGCAGGGACGUCCCAAAGGUCUUUUCUCCGAACUUUUACUGGAAUGAGCCUGGCAGUGCCAGCAGGGGCAGGUGAGGGUGGGAUGCUUCCUCAUCCUCUAACCCAGUGGUUCUCAACCUUCUGGCCCUUUAAAUACAGUUCCUCAUGUUGUGACCCACCCAUAAAAUCAUUUUCGUUGCUACUUCAUAACUGUAAUGUUGCUACUGUUAUGAAUCGUCAUGUAAAUAUCUGAUAUGCAGGAUGAUCUUAGGCGACCCCUGUGAAAGGGUCGUUCGACCGCCAAAGGGGUCGCGACCCACAGGUUGAGAACCGCUGCAAACCUGUCACCUUAUCUUCUAGUUGUUCUCUCCCUGCUUCCUGCUUCUCCCCUCAUUCAUGCGAUCCUGGUUACUGCUGCCUCCAGAUCGGUCUAAUUGGCUGCUCAAGGAUGUGAUGUAGUUCCUUGUUCCUGCUUUCUGUUUCAGUGUUAAAUCCCCUUGGAUAUUAUACGGCCUAUUUCCUUGUCCCCUAUGUCUCUCUGUUUCAGGGAGGCCUUUGCUAGAUGGCUGUCCAUGUUUGUUUACCCUAGGAGCCGUCCUUAUCUGUGCUCACAGACUUCCCAGUUCCUGAAGGCCUCUCUGACUUCCAUUCUUUGUACUACAAUCUAGUAUCUAUAUAACAGACUUGGUUUUUAAGUAUAAAUCUUGAUCAUGUCACUCCCUGCUUGGAACCCUUUGGUUUCUUAUUACACCUCAAAUAAAAUCCAAACUCCUUACCUUGGCCCACAGGCCCCACCUUCUCCUGGAACUUUAUUAAGUGCUAUUUUUUCUCUAAGCAGCAACCCCAGGGGCUUCCUCAGUUUCAAACAUUCUGAGCUCUUUCCUGUCGUGAACCGUACUCUCUCGGGGUCUGCUGAGUGCCAUUCCUCAUCACUAUUGAUUGGGUGGUUUAUUCUUCAAGUGUCAGCUUAAAUUCCACUUUCUUGUGGAGGCCUUCUCAGGCCAUUCUGUCUCUAAAUGAGCUAUGUUUAUUCCUGUGUCCUGUUUAAUUCCUUCAUUGCACUUUUCAUAACCUAUGAUAAUAUUUACUUGCUUCCCUUGUUCAUUCUCUCUCCUCUACUAGAAGCUCCAUGAGGGCAAAAAUUUUUUUGUUCAUUAGUAUGUACCCAGUGCCUGGCAUAUGUUAGGGCUUCAGUAAAUGUUGAAGGAAGCAACCCUAGCCAGAAUCCUACUUUUUGACAAUAUACACAGUUUGGUGUUUUGUUUUAUUCACUGGUAUUAUCCCCUGAAGACAUGUCACAUUGAGACAACUUCCUCUACAUCUCAUGGAGCCUGGCACAGUGCUCGGCCUGUAUCCUAGUUCAGGUGCUCAAUCAAUAAAUGCUCGUUCUGUGAUCCAGGUGGUUCGGGGACUUGUGGCCAAGUUUUCCCUACCCCUGGAUCAGUAUUGUAUGGAAAUAUUUGGGUGAUAAACCUUUUCACUUCCCACUGCCAGGAUGUUGCAUUGCCAUCAGGUGCCAAAUAAAUACUUAUAUUUAUUACUGA